UGGGCGAUUGCCAGGGCGGACUGUCUCUGAGUGCUGGGGCCAAAAGCGAUGCUCUGGAUGUGUUUGCCACAGCGGCACAGCUGGCAACAGCCAUCGAUGCGCACACGAAUCAUGAAAGCCGAGUCAACAAUAUCACGCUGGCAGACGCUGAGGAAAUGGACCCAUUGGAGCCGCACGCUGCUUCAUUGAGGCCAUUGUCACAGCGUAAGCUCUCGAGGGGGAAACGUUUUGUGGCAUUUCCUCUGGGUUCAUCGGCAUCGGCCGCUAUCUGCCUGACCACGGGCGUCAUUGGCAAUCCUCACUACUUGUACUUAAGCUUUGGUCUGAAUUGGGGCAUUGCCUACGACUUGCCCAACAUCACGUGGGUGUUGCACAAUGCCCACGGCUGGAACAGAAAGAGACCCAGCGCGGCAGUUGCCAAAAUCAAGCGAAGACAUCGCCGUGAUCUCUAUGGCAACCUGGAGGCAAUGAUAGACAGCAUGGGCUACAAUGGACGUGAUUGCGUUCUGCGCACUCUUUGCGAGAGUCGUCAAUAUUUCCAGCGCAAUAAGAUGAACAUGAUUGGUGAGAUGCUGCGCAUAAUAUUCAGCUUGCCCAAGCAGCGCAUUUUCACGCGAGAGUUGCAGGAAAAUUCAGACAUUGUGCAUUACGAUAAUGCCUAUCGGCACGCCCAUAAUGUCGACUGUGCCCAGCAAUACGCCUGUCAGUUCUCGCUACUGGAGUUGGCUUUCGGUAAAUACUCGACGCCGCCGAAAAAUUAUUACGCCCAAUAA